CUUGCGCGCGGGGCAUGUAGUGGGAGAGAAAGCGAGUGUACACUGCAGAGGCACCUUCCGCCGCCCCCAGACACGCACGCAGCUCUCUCGCGCAAUAUUACGGGACUCGGCUCGCAGCUCGUCAUCGUUGCGGCGUCCGGCCUGCUGCACCUGGUAAAUAGUAGAGCGAGAACGAAAUGGGCCCACUGCCAGCGUCGUACGGAAGAAGACCGCAGUUAUAGCGUCGCUCGUGCGCGUCUUGCGUGUGUCGCCUUUCCGAGGACAUAUAUAUAUAAGUAUUCUAAGCUACGGGAAAACAAGAGAGAGUAGUGCGCGUCGUUCCCGGGAGAAAAGAGAACGUCGCGAGCGUAUGGUUAAAGAUCACCGAGAUCUGUAUAAAUAUACAGACGUAACGGAUGCCUGUGCGCGUGUUUCGAGUAUAUAGCGAGUGAAAAGCCGAGGAAAAUCGCCGGAGUAAAUCUCCGUGGGAAAGCAAGAGAGAGAAAGAGACAAAGCUAUACAUCCUAUCCAUCGGCGCUCGGUAGGUUGGCAGCAGUAGCGGAGCGGGAAAUACGAGCUUCGGUUUUGGCGCGCAGAGAAGCUUUAGUCGAACGACCGGCAGAUGGCCGAUGCCGGCGACGAGGAGUUGCUCCGCAUCAGGCACUACUACACGACGGCGACGGGCAUCGCGCACGGCGGAAUUACGGCGGAGCAGCCACUACUCGGCGGCGCAGCGACCAUCAGCGGCAGUAGUGAGUGAGUGCGCGCGCGAGAGAGAGAGAGAGAGAGAGAGCGAGAUAUAUCGAGGUGAUAGGGGCAUCGAGUAUAGCGGCAGCAGCGGUCUGCAGUGCGCGUAGUGGCCUAAGCUCACGAGCCGGCCUCGUGGCGCCGCUUUUACACACACUCUCUCUCUCUCCUCCGCUGCCCUGUGCAAUACUCUCUCCUUGACUCGAGAGAAGACAGGCCUGCAGUAGUAGAAGCCGGAGUUCGGCCAGCCCUUUUCGCGACGACGACGACGACGACGACGACGACGAGGAGACCAUGGCCGAGCUGUGCUGAAAAGCUACAAGACAGACGGGCCGUGUGCAGGACGUCGUCGUGCGAGAAAGACGGACCUCCUCGUGUUCUCUUUCUCUGUCUCUCUGGUUGCGGGCGACGAUCGCAGAAAAUGGAGACCGCGGCGGCAGCGAGGCGCCGCUGCUGAAAAGAGAGACAGCCAGUCUACGUCGCGCGAGUGUGUCUCGAAGGCCCCCUUUAAACUCUCUCGCACGUACACGCAUAUAUACACAUACAGCAGAGAGCGAGAGAGAGAGAGAGAUACGUGCGAGGAACCGAGUAUACAGCUCAGUAUUCGGUGAAGGAGUGAACGGCUCGAUGUCGCCCCGGAUGAGGUACUGACACGCCGCAGCAGCCCGGAGAAGACGACUCCCGGACACACGGCCGCACACCGACACACCCGCGCAACCACGCACACACAGACGAACCGCCUUCCGAGUACCGCGAGCUCUCAAAGGCUUGAAGCAGCAGCACGAUGCCACGUGUGAAGAGGCAAGUGAUGCUUGAGGAUCUCGCCAGGCCUGUCACGCCCGACAUGGUCGACACCAAAUUGGUGAAGACCGAGUUCGUCGACGUGGACGGGCUGCACUACGACGAGAUGCAGGCGCAGAAGAUCGCGGAGGAGACGCCGAGUCCACAUCUGCAGGAUCAUCAGUAUGGACAGACUCCUUGUUACCAAGUGACGAGGAGACCCACGCAACCGCCACCUCGAGCCGAGAUGUCGGUUCAGGCAGUCAAGAGAAGACUGAAUCUUGAGGUAGGACCCAGUCAGUCCACCUUCAAAGCGCCAAAAGGCAAACGCAGAAGAUCGGGUUCGAGCUCGCUCACGGGUCACACUCCCACGAAAAGCAAAACUGUGGAGAGGACGCGGUACGACACCUCCCUGAGUUUACUUACCAAAAAGUUCAUCAACCUAGUGGAGGACAGCAACGACGGCGUAGUAGACUUAAACGUGGCGUCGGAAAAGCUCGAAGUUCAAAAGCGUCGUAUCUACGACAUCACCAAUGUCCUAGAGGGCAUUGGCAUACUCGAGAAGAAAAGCAAAAACAACAUUCAGUGGAAGGGUGGCUGCCUGCCCAGCAAUCAGAGCGAUUACGCGGAUUUGCGAAGGGAAGUGGCAGAUUUGGACGCGAAGGAGAACGCUCUGGAUAGGCUGAUUCACGGAGCGCAAAAAGAGCUUAACGAGUUCACCGCGGACAGAACGUACGCCUACGUGACGUACCACGACUUGCGCUCGGUGGCCUCGUACAAAGACCAGUCCAUAAUGGCGGUUAAAGCGCCACCUGAAGCCACUUUACACGUUCCUCAACCUAUCAAUAAUUUCGGUCAGCCGAAGCUUCAAAUACACAUGAGGUCCACGCACGGCGAAAUCGAAGUGUUCCUGUGUCCGGACGACCCAGCAGUGAAGGCGCCUCUGACUCCGGGAUACACGACGACGACAGCUGCUACAACGACGACGACGCAAUCCCCUGUGCCAAAACCCACGAGCGAGUACUUGAUGAACAAUUGCGGCGACGUCAAGGUGGAACCUGUUCCUACCACGGAGAGCUGCAUGCCGACCGACAGCAAGACGAUGCUCUCGGCGCUUGCCUCGUCUGGAAUGAGAGACGCGCUUUUGAGCGAAAUGGACGACUUCGGCUUCAUCGGCAGCGGCAAGCUCCAGUUGCAGACCGAAGAUCAGCACAUGUCGUCAGACAUGAGUAUUCUGGACUUCGGAGACGCGUUACUGUCGCUGGAGCCACCUCUUUCGGAAAGCGACUACUCCUUCUCACUGGGCACAGAAGAAGGCCUCUCAGAUCUCUUUGAUUUACAAUUUUAAUUCGCCGGUGUAUUGCAAAGACAAUGUUCGCAUCGAAUUUUUUAUUGAAUUGGGUUCGUCUCCGUGCGGGGUUGAUUUGGCCCUUCGUGAAACGCAACUUUGUACUUAGUGGUACCUGUCCAUGACUCGACAGAGUCAUUGUCAUUAAUCUGUUUUCUUCUCAGUUUCAAUGGACAUCAAAGAAGGCACUCGAGACUUUGAUCAAUUCACUUUUCCCAAAUUUACAUUAAAACAAAUAAUGAAGGUCAAAGUACACAUAUCACACGUUGGCGGUAUAAUCGUACCAGUUUCCGGAUCACUUUAGUUCGCCGUAUCAGGAAUUAAUAGUUAUUAAUUGAUUGCGGGACUAACUGCGAGCCUUCGUAAUGCAGCGAACCAUGCCUAGGGCUAUUUCCGUGCAAUUUAGAUUUGUGUAAUAGUGCGAUUGAAAGUUGCUCAUGUGUCCAAAACAGUACCAGCGUGAAGGUGUGCAGGAAGCGAGACUGCUAGACUAUACGGUUCUAGGUUAUAUACGACGUGUAUUUUUCGCGUGCGGAUCAAGAGAUUGCAAAGCAUCUUAGAUCUGAAUUUGUAAUAUAUUAUUUUGUUUAAACUUCGCGCCUUGGUUCAUGAUAUGGACGCAUUGGAUCUAAGACUUUGUAAUGCAAAUCGAACCUUGCAGACUUGAAUGAUGAAGCUAUAUGCUCUGAGCUAUUGAUGGUCUCUGGUUUCCUUUCAUCAGUGUGUGUGCGCGUGCGUGUAAACAUGUAUGAGUGGAUGUAUAAAAGAAUGUUUGCUAAACGCAAAAACAAAUGAUUGAUUCAUUAAGGGAAACAAAUAUAAAUAUAUAAUAAGUCAAUCUAAUUGAAUUAGCCUUUCUUAGAUUUUUGUAAAAUUAUUUUCCGUUGUUCGUUUUUUACCCAUGUACCUUGCUUAGCACUCACAUUUCAUGAUAAUACAUCAAAGUACCUUAAUUGCGUUGACUGAUUAUUGUCCAGCGUUAAUGUUCAAAGCUCAUCACAUAUUUUGAAACUCGAGUGUCGAAACUGAAAGUGGAGUAAAAGCAACAAAGACCCUUAAAAUAUAUCGUCAAGUAUAAACGCAUAUUUAAUAUUGUAACGAUUGUCUAAGAUUUAUUCAGGACACAAUGUCAUUCUGAACCUGAUUAAGGGGUUUCCAAAGGGAAAUUUAUUAUUUUUCUUUUUUUUCCAUUGACUCAAAGAUCGUUGAUCAAAAUGGCAGCCUUAAACAGUGACACUUCAUUCGUAAUCAUUUUAACGUACUGCGUUGCUUGCGGUAAAACGUAAAUUUCUACGAUUAUCAUUCGAAAGGCCAAGUUUUUGUAAAUAUUCGUUUUUUUUUAUUCAAUUCUAAUUUUUUAAAAAGUUCUUUGCAUGAGCAUGAUUAUCUGGAUUAUUUUCCUUAGAAACCCCUUAAGGAUGUACUCUAAUGUACAAAUUAGUGUACGUCCAAAGCCAUAGUGCCUACAUUAUAUUGAUCACACUUUUCUGCAAUUGUAAAUACUUUGUAUACCUACGUAUGUAUGAUUGUAAGGACGUAACGGUACCAACGGACAAGAAAGAUACUACUGUUAACUCAGUACGCUUAUCGUAAAUUGUAUCAAAUGAUGAUAGUUAUUUUUAAUUCUCAACAUUAUUAUCGCUAUGAAUAUAUUAUAUUAUUAUUAUUAUUAUUAUUAUUAUUAUUAUUAUUAAUGAUUAUUAUUAAAUCAUUAAACGAGAGAAUGUUAGUUUAUGUAGUUACUUACGAUAUCUAUUCACUUGAAGAGAAGAUUUUCAUUUUUGAUCAUCCGACGCUGCUUCGACAAAGCCCAUUAAGUAACGGUUCAUGUGUUCAUAAUAAAAGUGAAAUAACGCCUGUCGAAUUAAGUUUUAAUUCAAAAAUGUAGAUCAAGCUCCCCAUAAAUUGUACACCCUUUUACUCUCACAAAGUGGAACUUUGUGCAAAUAAACAAAACCAUACGUUUUUAUUUGUGUAUUUUAUCUUAGUGCGUGAAUAAGAACAAAACGUCAAAUGCAGAGUUAAUUUAAAAUUAUCGAAGUCCAGUUGGAGCAUUCAAUCAAAACUCGUACUUUCAACAACCCGUUUCGUUGAUUUGCACAAAGCCAAUACUUGAAAAUAUGUACGUUGUCAGCGACAAGUAGAUAUAAAUGUACGUAGUUAUGUUCGUUUUUCUCUUUUUUUUGUAAAUGAAGGGAGCGCGCAUUCACCAUUUUUUCGUUAAAGUGCAUUACAGUGAGAGGAGUUGUACGAUAUUUUCUAAUUGAUGUUACACAAUCGCGCUAAGGACGCAUAAAUCGUUAUUAUUAUUAUUUUUUUUUUUAAGAAAAAAAAAGAAACCGAUAUGUCCUACAAUUGUUUUUAACAGUAUGUCGAUAAUCGGCAAUGCAAAGUCUCUGGACGGACCGUGACGUUUCCGUCCGAAGCUGUUUUUUUUAUAGAUCCUUUUUUUAAUCUAAACAAGCGAAUAACGGCUAGUUUCGCCACAGAGAUUGUUAUUGUGGUUUUCGAAAAUCGCCCGCACGCGGCAUGUAAUAAGGUUCUAUACGUCUCUAAUAAUUCUUUGCUUUUUGUUUUUCUCUUCGAUUGUUGAGACUGUUCCUUGCGAAACUGUACGUACUUCAAGCUCAGGAUUUCUCGUAGCGAAACUAGCGACUAUAGAAUGAGCGAAAGAUGUGUGUAAACUACGUAAGGAUCAAGAGAUUGCGAGUGCUAUUUGUUAAAUUUUCGAGAUAAGAAAAAGUCAACGUUUAGAGGAGAGAACAUUUUUUUUGUUUAUCGCGCGCAUGUCAUCCCGAUUCGAUGUACUCGAUUUUCAGGACUCACGAGAAUCGGAGCACCGGACGACUCUGCGUACGUCAAGAGCUUUUGCAAUUUGACACAAUUAACUCGUGUAGUUCUGUAAAUAAAAGGAAAAAUAA